UGUGGCGAAACAUUUUUCAGAGUACAUCUGCACUAGACCAGCAUAGUGGUUGCAAGUCUCGACAGUUGUCCAAAUCAGUUGUCUGUUUAGUCUUUAGUAAAUGGAAUACAUUAGAUUCGACACUUUCAACUGUUGAUCGUUCAAACCCUAAGGUAUGCCCGAGCGCACCGUCGCCGGCAGCUUCUCGCUGCUGCUGUGGAAAAACACCCUCCUGCAGCGGCGCCACCCAGUGCAGUCGCUCAUCGAGAUCGGCGCCCCCAUCGUCUUCAGCAUCCUCCUCGUCGUCAUCCGCAGCCUUGUGGCGCCGACGCCCUUCGUCAAACCCUUCGACUACACGCCCUACAGCCCCACCAGGCUGCCGCUCAUCACCAGCAACAAUGGCACAAAUAUUUUGGCAAAAUGGAACAUAGCUUGGACCCCAAACCACCCCGCCUUGAACGAAAUUAUGCAGAAAGUGGCAUGGUCAUCUGGAAUGAAACAAAUUGUAUUUGAAAAUGAAGCGACGAUGCUUCAGAACUUGACGUCUGAAUCACCGUCCGCCGUUUUCGUGCCAAUGAUUGCCGGCGUAGUUUUCGACGGGGUCAAAAACUUGAAUGACCCACUACCUAACAACAUCAAGAUCAGAAUCAGAUUUCCAGCGGAGAAGCGAUUUAAGGGAUCGUUCGGCGUUUAUGACGUGCCUUUACCAAUCGUUUGGUUCACCGGAUUCUUAUUCCCCGACUACCAAAUUCCAGGUCCGCGAUCAAAUAUUUCCAACGAAGGUGGCCCUCCAGGCUACUCUCAGGAAGGAUUUUUGACCCUGCAGCACUUUAUUUCCAAAUCGCUGAUAGAAUACCGGCAAAAUAAACCCUUACAGGACGUCAGUAUUCGCCUCCAACGGUUCUCACACCCUGAAUAUAUCGACGACCCUCUGCUAGUCGCUCUUCAAAGUUUUGUCUCCUUGAUAAUAAUGUUGAGUUUUGUCUACACAAGCAUCAGCUGCGUCAGAAUGGUCACGACCGAGAAGGAAAAUCAACUCAAAGAAUCAAUGAAAAUCAUGGGAUUGCCCAACUGGAUGCAUUGGACGGCGUGGUUUUUAAACUUCAUGACCUUGCUCGUUAUCGCAAUUAUUCUAAUGGUAACGCUGCUCAAAGUGGACUGGUACGGAAUCCGCCUAUCUGUAUUUACGAACAGCGACCCUUCCGUCAUUUUGGUUUUUCUCAUCCUAUUUGCGAUGUCGACGUUGACGUUUUCCUUCCUUAUCUCCGUCUUCUUCUCCAAAGCAAACACAGCAGCCACAAUUGCCGGUGUAGUGUAUUUCUUGAACUACUCCGUCUACUACUUUGUCGAGAGCAACUACAACUAUUUAUCCACGGGCAGCAAACUGGCGGCCAGCCUCGCAUCCAAUACAGCCAUGGCCUUUGGCUGUCGCUUCAUCAUAGAGUUCGAGGGAACCGGAGAGGGUGUCCAGUGGUACAACCUUUUUUCACCACCCUCGCCAGACGACGGGUUUACUUUGGGUGGAGUGAUGGGCAUGCUCAUUUUCGACGCAGUUUUCUACAUGCUGUUGGCGCUUUACGUCGAGGCUAUUUUCCCUGGGGACUAUGGAGUGCCCCUCCCGUGGUACUUCCCUUUCACGGCUGAAUUUUGGCGCGGAUCAAAUAUUGGUUCUGAAUUUGUACCAGACAAUGUGCACACGGACAACCCAAUGUUUGAAGAAGACCCGCACGAUUUGCCAGCUGGAAUACAAAUAAAAAAUCUCCAUAAGGUCUUUGCCGGAGCAAAAGCUGCCGUGAGCAAUGUGACUGUGAAUAUGUAUGAGGGCCAAAUUACAGUCCUGCUCGGCCACAACGGAGCCGGAAAAACGACGACCAUGUCCAUGUUGACCGGACUUUUGACGCCAACAAGUGGAACGGCCACGGUAAGUGGGUAUGACAUUCGCACGAACAUCAAAAAAGUUCGCGAGAGUUUGGGACUCUGUCCGCAGCAUAACAUCCUAUUUGAUCAGCUCACAGUCAAGGAACAUCUCAUUUUCUACUGCAGGUUAAAAGGGUUGAGAGGAAAAGAAGUUGAUGCGGAAGUGAAAAAGUACAUUGAGCUGUUAGAUUUCCAAAGCAAAAAGAAUUCGUACUCCAAAACGCUGUCAGGUGGAAUGAAAAGGAAACUUUCGGUUGGAGUUGCUCUUUGCGGGGGCUCAAAGGUGGUAAUGUUGGACGAACCCACGUCGGGAAUGGACCCUGCCUCUCGAAGAACUCUUUGGGACUUUUUGGAUAAAGAGAAAAAGGGACGCACGCUGCUCUUGACAACUCACUUCAUGGACGAAGCAGAUUUGCUCGGGGAUCGGAUUGCGAUCAUGGCCGCGGGAAAACUGCAGUGUUAUGGAUCACCGUUCUUUUUAAAGAAAAAAUACGGAACGGGCUAUUAUUUGGUGAUCGUGCAAGGUAAAAAUUGCAAUACCAAGGGAAUCACGAAUGUGCUGAGAAAUUACUUGCCUGACAUGAAAGUGGCCACAAACAUUGGCAGCGAAUUAUCCUAUCACUUGCCUGAGGACAAAGUGACCAUGUUCGCACAAAUGCUGGGUGACAUUGAGAGUCACAAAGAAGAACUUGGAAUUUUGAGCUACGGAAUCUCUCUAUCCACGAUGGAAAAUGUUUUCGUUAAGGCUGGAAGGGACGUGGAAGUGGACGAGUAUGAAUUUGGUGACAAGACAAAUGAAGAGUUGGUGAAAUUCAGUAGCAAUGGCACACUCAGCACUGAAGAAGUCUUCGACGCUGGCUCAGAUACAAAACUGGAUGUCCAAUACAACUUGAACCGGAAAUAUGGUGGAUGGAAAUUGUUGCGAAACCAGUUUUUCGCCAUGAUCAUGAAAAAAGCGCUUUCGCAAAUUCAGUCGUGGCUUUUGUACUUCAUCCAAAGCAUUUUGCCGGCGUUUUUCCUGAUCAUUGUCAUAAUUGUCGCUCGCACUUUGCCCGGACAAGAAAAUUUCCCCGCACUGUCAAUGUCACUCAAAUCCUACCCAACGCCUGUGACACCCGUUUCGCUGCAGGCGAACGAAGUUUCAGGAUUGUUCAACAAAUAUGUGGCAAAUUUGAAUACUGACGGAUUGAAAACGGAAAUCUUGAGCCCCACACAAUCAAUGCGGGAUUUCAUUUUGCAAAAGGGUCGCAGCGAUAUUGUGGCAUACAAUUUGCUGUACUUAGCGGGAGCCACCUUUGACUACAACAAAGAAACAAGACGCCAAAACAUCACGGCCUGGUUCAGCAACCAACCCUUGCACGUCGCCCCUCUCACCCUCAACCUUGUUUACAACGCCCUGCUGAAAUUCUACGUGGGAGAUCAGUAUGGGAUUGAGAUCAUCAACCACCCUCUGCCCUACAGUUCAGAAACAAGAGUAAAGCUGCAGCUGAGUGGCACGUUUAGCAAAGGGUUCAAUUACGCGUUCAACAUUGGCUUCAGCAUGGCGUUUGUGUCCGCAUUCUACGUCCUGUUCUACGUGCGCGAGAGAGUGACCAAAUCCAAACACCUGCAGUUCGUGUCCGGUGUGCAGGGCUGGAUGUAUUGGUUCACCGCUUUUCUCUGGGACCUUGUCGUUUUCAUUUCUCCAGUCAUUUUGCUCUGCAUAGUGUUUGUUUCUUUCCAAGAAGAAGGUCUCAGGACACCGGCGGAAUUGGGUCGCCUGAUAUUUGUUUUAUACGCGUUCGCGUGGUGCGUGCUGCCAAUUACUUACUUAACAUCAUUCUUCUUUGACGUGCCAUCAGAUGGGUUCUCACGACUUACAAUUAUCAGCACCUUCUUAGGGGUGGCCGCCUUUAUGAUUGUGGUGAUUAUGCAGACACCUGGAUUGGGACUGGAAGACGUGGCCACAACUCUGGACUGGAUUUUCAUGCUGUUCCCGCACUACACGGUCACUAUGUGCGUCUACAACUUGUACCAAACGUACUUGUCUAUUAAGGUGUGCUCGCCAGUGUUGGAAUUCUGCCCGGCACUUGCAACCAUUGGUCAGCCCAACGCGUGCUGCAAAGUUCCGAGUCAGUGUCCAAAUGGCCAGUGUUUCCCCUGGACGGACAACUACUUUGACUGGGGCACCACUGGUAUAGGGCGGCAGUUGCUUUACUUCUUCGCGGAAGGCGCGAUCGUGAUACUGAUUUUAAUAAUCCUUGAGUACCACUUGUUCGACGACCUCAUUGUUUUCAUAAAGGCCAAAUUCCUGCGCUACGUUCUCCGUGUUCACCCGGUCAGGCCCGAGGACAAGGAGGAGGACGACUCGGACGUCGCCGCUGAAAGAGCAAAAAUAAACGACUCUGAUAUUAUCGAGCUGAACCAAAACUACCUGCUGGUGAUGAGGAAUGUUACAAAAUAUUAUGGCACCUUUUUGGCGGUCGAUCGUCAAAGCAUUGGCAUCAAGAGCGGCGAGUGCUUCGGACUCCUAGGCGUAAACGGUGCUGGCAAAACAACCACGUUCAAAAUGCUCACCGGCGACGAAAAAAUCUCGUCGGGCGACGGCUACUUGUGCGGCUACAGCAUCAUCAGUCAGAUGAAAGAGGUUCAUCAAAUAAUCGGCUACUGUCCCCAAUUUGACGCGUUGCUGGACGACCUGACGGGCAGACAGACUCUCACCAUCUUCUGCCUGCUCCGGGGCAUCCCCUACAGGGACUGCGCCGAAAACGUGGACGCGCUCGCCAAAGAGCUGCUUUUCACCAAGCACAUCGACAAGCAGGUCAAAAAUUACAGCGGCGGCAACAAGAGGAAGCUGAGCACGGCCGUGGCCCUGAUCGGCGACCCGCCCGUUCUGCUCUUCGACGAGCCCACCACCGGCAUGGACCCUGUGGCCAAGCGGCACCUUUGGAACGUCGUGUGCAAAGCGCGCGACUCGGGCAAACUAGUCAUUCUCACCUCGCACAGCAUGGAGGAGUGCGAGGCGCUGUGCACCAAACUGGCCAUCAUGGUGAACGGCGUGUUUAAAUGCCUCGGCUCGACGCAGCACUUGAAGAACAAGUUUGCCGAGGGCUACACGUUAACAAUCAAAGUGGCAGCCGAAAAGGAGAGAAUUUCGCAAGAGCAAAUGUUCAAUACUCAGCCCAUCAGAGAUUUUGUGACGGAAACAUUCCCAAGCGCCGAGCUCAAGGAAGGUGUGCAGGGCAUGCUUUCGUACUACAUUAAGAAUCCGGCCAUUCUUUGGUCACGCAUGUUCAGCAUAAUGGAGGAGGCGAAAAGGAAUUUGAACAUCGAGGAUUACUCGAUCGGACAAACAAGCUUGGAACAAGUAUUUUUGGCCUUUACAAAAUAUCAGAAUCCAGUGCCCGAUGAUUAGAGUUUUUAGCAAUUUACGAAUAAAACAUAAAUUAUUUUUGCUGAGAUCUUACCUUAUAAGAGUGUCACUCAGGCGGCUUGACGAGCUUCAAGAUGUAUCCUUUAAGCAUUGAAACGUGGACUUGCUCCUGUGUAUUAUUUUUUCAAAUAUAAGCCAAAUGUUGAAAAAUUAAAAAUUAAGAGUAUUAACCGAAA